AUGAGUUUAGUGUUGUUGAAAAACAUCAAUCGUUAUGAAAUACUAGUAUUCAAAAGAAUAAUAAGUAGAAAUUAUGUAACUAGAACCACGUCGAUAUCCAAAAGAUAUCCAUUAAGACCUCAAUUAAAUAUAAUACAUUCAAGAUUCAACUCUUCCAAUAUUGAGUCUAAUAAAUCAUCACAAAAAGAUUUUCAAAAAGAAGUAAGUACUGCUAAUGCAGUAGAAGCUUUAGAAAAAGGUCCAAAUACCGAAUCAAAUACCGAUCCAAAUUCAAAUACUACUAUAACUGCUGUAGAGAAAGUUAAAGAAGAACCUAAAAAAUCAAUAUGGGAAAAAAUUAAACAUGAAGCAAAUCAUUAUUGGAAUGGUACUAAAUUAUUAGGUUAUGAAGUUAAAGUAAGUACUAAAUUAUUAGUUAAAUUAAUGGCUGGUUAUGGUUUAUCAAGAAGAGAAAGUAAUCAAUUACAAAGAACUAUAGUUGAUGUAGUUAGAUUAGUUCCAUUUGCAAUGUUUGUUAUAAUACCAUUUGCUGAAUUAUUAUUACCUGUUGCUUUAAAAAUUUUUCCAAAUUUAUUACCUUCAACGUAUGAAUCAAAAACUGAUAAACAAAAGAAAAAGGCUAAAUUAAAGAAGACAAGAAAUGCCGCAAGUGAAUAUAUUAAAAAAACAAUGGAACAAAGUGGUUUAAAAUUAUCUAAAAAGAUUACUGAUUCUGAAAAAGAAGGAUUUGUUCAAUUUUUCCAUUGUAUUUCAAUGGGUAAAAAUCCAACUCGUGAACAAUUAAUUAAAGUUGCAAGAUUAUUUAAAAAUGAUCAAGUUUUAGAUAAUUUAUCAAGACAUCAAUUAGUUGCAAUGUGUAAAUAUAUGAGUUUAAGACCAUUUGGAACUGAUUCAAUUUUAAGAUAUCAAAUUAGACAUCGUUUAUUAACUAUAAUUAAAGAUGAUAAAGCUAUUGAUUAUGAAGGUGUUGAUUCUUUAAGUAUACCCGAAUUACAAAUGGCUUGUUCACAAAGAGGUAUUAAAACAAGUGAUGUUUCUCCAGCUAGAUUAAGAGAUGAUUUAGAAACUUGGUUAGAUUUAAGAUUAAGACAAAAAAUUCCUUCAACUUUAUUAAUUUUAUCAUCUGCUUAUACUUAUGGUGAUAAAGAUCAUACUUUAGAAACUUAUUAUGAUGCAUUAUUAGCUGUUUUAUCUUCUAUUCCUGAUGAAGUUUAUAAUGUUGCAAAAUUAGAAUUAAGUGAUGAUUCAAAAUUAAAAUUAAAUAUACUUAAAGAACAAGAUGAAAUGAUUGAAGAAGAAAAUGAAAGAGAAAAAGAUACUGUUAAUAAAGUCAAAGAUGAUAUUAAAUUAGAUGAAUAUGAAGACACUGCAAGUGAGGGUGUUAAAGUUGAAGAAGAUAAAGAUAAACCAGAAAGUGAAAAAAUUGAAGAUAAAACUACUGAAGUUCAUAAUAAAGCUGAAGAAGAUCCUGCAUCACCAAUAAGAUCAGAAAAGGCAAAAGAAGAAGAAGAAGCUAAAAAGGAAGAAGCAACUACAAAAAAUUGA